AUGAAAGCAUUGGAAUUAGCGAUCUAUUCGCUUCCCGAAAGUUCCCUUUUCAAUAUAAUAUCACAAAACACAUAUCUUUUUCCCAAUAAGAGUCAACAAUACUCGCAAAAAACGUUUGAUGCGGCUAUUGAAUUCUUACAAUCUCAACAAAUUAAUUCUAAUGAAUUCAAUUUACAAUCUACGCUUCAAUCAAUAUUCGGCACAUUAUCAAACGUUCCUACAAAAAUAUUUUACAUAACGAAUUCUUAUUCAAUUAUACACCAAUUUGAACAACUUGUAGAACUGUUUCGACAGCAAAGAACAGUCAAUGACGAAUCAAAUUUUUUUACGUUAUUUAUUGGAGAUGAUAAUAGCAAUGAUAUUUGUAAUUGUUUUGAAUUUUUAACCAAAUUAGGAAAGGGCUAUUCAACGUUUGCUAAAUGUGAUGACGCAUAUGAGAUAAAGAUAAUUUCAAUCGUGAAAAAUUCUUUGGAAAUCCCUUUAAUCAAUUACGAAUUUCAUCAUUUGGAAGAUUCAGAAAAUAUUGAUGUAGAAUUAAUAGAUUAUAAUAAAGAAGUACUAGAUGAUGUUGAAGGUAACACUGAAGAAUCUAGUCAUAAUCUUGAUGAUUCCAUUUAUAUCAUUCCUAAUAAUGAAGAUUAUGAAGAAAAUCAUGAAGAAUCUAGUCAACAACUUGAUAGUUCCAUUUACAUCAUUCCUAAUAUAUCUCAUAAUAAUAACCACCAGACACUUAAAUUUCAACAAGCUCCUACGGAAAUUCCUUUAAUUUAUAAUAAACAAAACUCUGUAGUUUAUUUCCUUUUAGAUAAAGGAAUUAAACCUUCUAAAAAGAUUUCUGUUAUGGCACAAUCUCAACAAGGUUUAGUUCAGUUUCAUGUGUCGUUAGAUCCACGUGCUCUAAAUUUCAAAUUUAUUCAUACCUUGGCCGCAAAGAAAUUCAUUGAAGAAAAUGAUCCAAUCCAAGGGAAACCUUUUAUUGGUUCAAAUCCAAAGAUCAAGGAUCAGGUUAUAUCAUUAGGUAAAAUGUAUAAUAUAAUUUCAACUUACACAAGUUUUUUGGCCAUUCAUAAACGGGAAAAAUCAUCAACCUCAAAAGAAUUUAUCAAUAAACCCAUUUCAAUCUUUCAUCAUCGCAAACCAAAUUACAAUUCAUCCACAUAUUUUAAUUUUAAAGAUUUCACGAAAAGGCUUAUUCCACCUUCUAAUACAUCGACAUCAACGUCAUCCGAAUUAAAUGAUUUAAAUGAUUUAAAUAUAAAUUCCGGUUCAUUAUCAAGAUAUACCGACAAUUUAACAUCUAUCACUUCAAACCUACUUUCGAAUCCAGUAUUGUUUGUAAAAGAUGGUGUAGAUGAAGUAAUGAAUAAAUAUUCAUAUGAAACGUUAACGUUAGGUAUAAGGCACAAACAUCCGAUUUAUUAUUUAGGUAAUGGAAUGGUUACUUAUGGUUCUGCGGUGUAUCAGGUUGUGAGAAAAUUUGAACGUUUUCCCAUUUUUGGUGGAUUAUUUGUUAAACCUGUGGUAAGGUUUAUUGAUGAUUCUGUUAUAAACAAGACAAGGGAAGAAUUAAGUUUUGAGGAUUUUGAUAAACAUUUUAAAGAGAAUAUUUUUGAAUCAAAUGAAGAAAUGCCUUUUGAUUUACCAAAACAAUGGAACACUUACGAUUCAAACCAUGGCUUACAAGUAAUUGAUGACGAGAAAUUAAAAAUUUUAUAUAUAGGAGCCGGUCGAAAUGACGGCGAUGCAGCAUCAAUUCGAACAAAUAACUCGAUACCGAUUGAAGUCGGUUUAUAUUAUUUUGAAGUCUGUAUAACGGACGCGGGUGAAUCAGGAUUUAUUGGUAUAGGAUUUGGUGUUCAUAAUGCGUUCCUUUCGAAAUUACCGGGAUGGGAGCCAAAUACUUUUGGUUACCAUGGUGAUGACGGAAAGAAAUUUCGGUCAUCAUCAACUAUGGGAUAUAUUUAUGGUCCAUCUUUCACAACUGGUGAUACAAUUGGUUGCGGAAUAAAUUUUUUUAGUCAAACUGCUUUUUACACAAAGAAUGGGAUUUGGUUAGGAAAUGCAUUUGAUGACAUUACCCCCGGCGAUUAUUAUCCUAUGAUCGGUUUGCGUACAAGGGGUGAAUGCGUUGAAGCAAAUUUUGGUGAAAGACCAUUUUUAUUUGAAAUCGAAACUUACGCAAAGGUAAUAUUAAAAAAUGUCGAAAAAAAAAAAGCAGAAGCGUAA